UGCCGCCAAGUUGCAUAUUGUUUUAAAAAUGGCGGAAGCUAGCAUCGCAGCAAGUAACCAAAAAUCGGAGUCGACGACACUGAACAGAGAUGAGGACAAAAUGACUCCAGGCGAUAGUGGCUCCAAAAAGAUGCCUCCUUGCAUCAUUGUUAUCGGGAUGGCAGGGUCUGGGAAGACCACUUUUGUGCAAAGAUUGACGUCACAUCUCUACACAAAAAAGGAAACACCAUAUGUUAUAAACUUGGAUCCUGCAGUACAUGAAUUGUCAUAUCCAGCGAAUAUUGACAUCAGGGAUACUAUCAAAUACAAAGAAGUCAUGAAACAAUACAAUUUGGGCCCAAAUGGAGGAAUAAUGACAUCAUUGAAUCUUUUUGCAACAAAAUUUGAUCAAGUUCUUGAACAUCUAGAAAAAAGGUCUUCUGAGUGCAAGUAUGUGGUUAUUGACACCCCUGGACAAAUUGAGGUCUUCACCUGGUCAGCCUCUGGUUCUAUCAUUACUGAGGCACUGGCAUCAACAUUUCCAACAAUGGUUGUUUAUGUAAUGGACACAGCAAGGAGCACCAAUCCUGUGACUUUUAUGUCAAACAUGUUGUAUGCUUGCAGCAUAUUAUAUAAAACAAAACUACCAUUUAUUGUUGUUCUCAACAAGACUGAUAUUAUUGAUCAUGGAUUUGCUAUUGAGUGGAUGCAAGACUUUGAAGUCUUCCAAGAAGCCUUAUCAAAUGAAACAUCCUAUGCCUCAAAUCUGACAAGGUCAAUGAGCUUGGUUCUUGAUGAAUUUUAUCAAAACCUAAAAGCUGUUGGAUUAUCAGCUAUUACAGGUGCUGGAAUUGAUGACUUUUUCAAAGCUGUAGAUGAGGCUGUGGUUGAGUAUGAAACAGUUUUCAAAGUCGAAUAUGCAAAACUGAAGGAAGAGAAAUUAAAGAUGAAAGAAGAUAUUAGGAAACAACAGAUAGAACAAUUAAGGAAAGAUGUUGGGAAAGGAAAAAGUGUAGACUUGUUUUCAACACCUGCUGUCAGGGAACAGACUGUGUUUGAUCACCUUCAUUUAGAUGAUGAUAAUAUUUCAGAAAAUGAUGAGAUUGAAACUGAAGAAAUUGACUUAGAUGAAGAAAAAGAAUACAAUUCAUUUCAAAGAUUCCUGCAAAGUCAAGGUUUAAAACAAACAGACAGCUCAAAACAACAACAAAAAUAAGAUAUAUGGUAUACUUAGUUAGAGUUUUCAUUUACUUUAAUCAACUUGGUCACUGCAGCUGAUCAGGUACAAAUUUUAUUGGUAGUAAAAACAUUUAGUUUAAACUUGACUAUUGGCAGUAGCAGCUGGCCAGAAUUUCUCUCUAACGUUUUUGAAUCUUUAAAAUUUUCUAUGCUCGGCAAUAUUUAAGAGUUAUGCAAGUAGCAGUUUGAAAGUUUGAGGCUCUUUGGAAUACAUAGUUUUUUAGCAACAGGAUUGAAAUUCCAUCGGCUAAAUCAGGCAAUCUUGUAUGGAUCCUUUGCUUAGGGUUUUGCAAAAAUGCUUUAUCUAAAGUUCACUGAUGCUUAGCAUGUUUUUAGUUUUAAAUAAAGGCACCUUUGUACUUGCAAGUGUUUCAUUUUCUAAUAUCUGUAGCCUUCAUGAAAAAAGUCAACUCAGA